AUGUGUAGCAGACAGGGCGAUGGACCAUUUACAAUACACACGUCAUUGCUGUUCAAUCCAAGGAAAAAGACCUUUGACAAGAAUAUCUCGAUUGUCAUCGAUCCAACGAACGGCGCCAUUGCAGAUGUGUAUGACCGGCAGCGAUCCAAACAUGUCGAGUUGACAAGUCAUGAUAUAGAUCUGCGAGGGAAGGUUGUGAUGCCAGGAUUUGUCGACGCGCAUACACACGUGUUUCUUCAUCCAUACGAUGAGGCUUCAUCGACGGUCCAGAUGCGCGACGAAAGUGUCGUCGAGAGAAUCGUUCGUGCUACAAAUCAUCUCCGUGUUGCCCUUCUGUCCGGUUACACCACAUACAGAGAUUUGGGCACCGAAGGGCUGCGCUCAUACGACGCAAACCUGAGAGACUGUGUUAACCGAGGUCUGGUACCCGGCCCGCGACUCUUCGUGGCCACCGAGUGUCUCGCCAGCACUGGGUCCUACGAGGUCCGUCACGAGAACUCGUGGGCGAAACUACCGCGCAUUUCGGACCCGUGCGACGGUCCGGUAGGCGUGACACAGGCUGUCCGGCGUCGUGCGGCCGAUGGGGCGGACAUCAUCAAGUUCUACGCGGACUAUCGGCGCAAGGUGAUGCGAUUCCCAAAUUCAAAGGAACCGAUCUCGUUUCUUCCCUCGGAGCCCAACCCGACUGUGGUGAUGUUUAAUCAAGAGGAGAUGGACGCCAUCGUCAAGGAAGCCAAGCUAGGCGGGCUACCCGUGGCGUGCCACGCAGGGUCAGCCAAGGGCGCACUCAUGGCUAUCAAGGCCGGCGUCGACACCGUUGAGCACUGCCAAGAGGCCACCGAUGAGGUCUUUCGAGAAAUGGCGCGCCGUAGUACCAUCUUCGUCCCGACGCUCGGGAUCAUGAAGACUUCGCCUGAUUUCAGCAGCAUCGCGAAGAAGACCAAAAGGGCACACGACCUCGGUGUGCGUCUUGCUGCCGGGGGCGAUACCGGAACAUUUCCUCACGGGGAAGGUGCUUUUGAAAUGGAACUCAUGAUCCAGGCCGGGGUUCCCGUCGUGGAUGUGCUGGAAGCAUGUGUGAUGGGAGGGUGGGAAAGCUGCGGUAAGGAGAAGAGCGGUUUCUACUUUGGUUCCAUCGAGAAGGGCUACCGAGCCGAUAUCAUUGCCUUGGACGCGGACCCGAGAGAAGACGAGGGAGCCUUGAGGAAGGUCAGCUUUGUCAUGAAGGACGGCAAGGUCUGGAAGAAGGACGGGCGAGCAGUCGGCUUCUUCGAUGAGCAGACGGUUGAUUCGAACCCCAGCACCGAUGAGGAGUCGGAUUGGACUUUUGUUUGA